UAAAAGGGUGGGGGCGCGUGGCUCCUCUCACUCUCACGGCAGGACAACCUGAGGGCAUCAAUGCGAGACAACAUGACUCACCACUGCACCAAGUUCUCUGGCCACUGGAAGAUCAUCGUCUACGAUGAGGAGUGCUUCCAGGGCCGCCACCACGAGUUCACCUCCGAGUGCUGCAACGUGAUGGAGUUCGGCUUUGAGACGGUGCGCUCCCUGAGGGUGGAGAGCGGCGCCUGGGUGGGCUAUGAGCACGCCUCCUACCAGGGGCAGCAGUUUAUCCUGGAGAGGGGGGAGUACCCCCAGUGUAAUGCCUUUGGGGGCAGCAACGCCUACCACAUCGAGAGGAUGACCUCCUUCAGACCCAUCGCCUGUGCCAACCACAGAGAGUGUCGGAUGACUAUCUACGAGCGUGAGAACUUCCUGGGCCGUAAGGGCGAGCUCAGCGACGAUUACCCCUCCCUCCAGGCCAUGGGAUGGUGCAACAACGAAGUCGGCUCACUCAGGAUCCAGUCUGGAGCAUUUGUGUGCUACCAGUACCCCGGUUACCGUGGAUACCAGUAUAUCAUGGAGUGCGACCGUCACUGUGGGGAGUACAAACACUUCAGGGAGUUCGGGUCCCACUGCCAGACCCCUCAGAUCCAGUCCAUCCGCCGCAUUCAGCAGUAACGGCUGACCCAGAACCCGUUCUCCCCUGUGACCCUUCACCCCCGCCCGCCGCUGCCACCCAGUGCUGAAUAAACUGUUUUUCUUAAACAUGACUGACCUCCACCAACAUUUCUGCUUCUGUGAGGCUCCUGGAUCGCUCCUGUCCGCGGGUUUCCCGCCAAUAAAAAUUGGGCUGAAAAUAAAGAGUGAGACAAGUGGA